AUGUAUUCACCAUUGCAUGGCUUCGGCAUUGCGAUUAGUGGUGGUGAUGGAGGAAGUAAUAAAAAUGAUGUUGUGACUGUUAGAGAUGCACCAUUUCAAGAAACGGAUAUUGUAGACGUUACGAACAAUAGACAAAAUAAUAUAUCAGAUCGUGAAUCAUCGUUAAUUGUAUGCGACGUUGUGCGAGCUGGACCAGCGGACGGAAAAUUAUUACCAAACGAUCAAAUAAUAAGUGUUAACGGUUAUCAAGUCGCUAAUAUGGAACAUUCCGCAUUGAAACUAAUUCGUGAAUCAACGGAUUUCGUAAAUCUGGUUGUUCGUCGUCGAAAACAUUCUGUACUUGUGUUCGAUGCUGAACCGACAAAAUUAACAUUACAAAAAACCAAAAAAGAUGAAUUUGGUAUUGUGUUGGGCUGUAGAUAUUACGUGAAAAAAAUUCAUCAGCAAAGUUCAAUUGAAAAAGAAAAUCUAAUCACUGAAGGAGAUGAAAUAAUUAAAAUCAAUGAAACUCCAAUUGAUCGUUUAUCAUUGAUUGAUGCUCAAAAACUUGUGGAUAAAGCUAAAGAACGCUUAACAUUAUUUGUUUUACCCCGACAUAAUAAUCAUCAAAAUUAUCAAGAACAACUAAAUAUCAGUAAUAAUAACAAUACAAAUAACAGACCAUCGCAAGGAUCGAUAAAUAAAAAUAUCAUUAACAAAACAGAAAAUAUCAAGGAUCAUUCUCAUCAGUAUCAUAAUCAUCGUCCUUACCUUGAAAAAAACAUUCCAAUUGUUGUUAAUGAUUCUAGUCAUAAACAACAUCAAAAUGGUGGUCUAUUUGAUAAUUUACAUUCUAAAUAUUCCUCGACUGUACCGGUGAACACACAAGAUUUACAGUCAAACUAUAAUGCUCAUAUAUUUAAUACAACCUCGUCACAAUAUUCUCAACAAGAACAUAAUAAUAGACAUCAACCAUCUUCCAUUGUACAGAAAAAUCCGGUAACCUUAAUAUGUUCAACAGCAACACAAACACCAUUACAACAACAGAAACAACACGAAAUUAGAGGAAUAACCAAUGUACCAGAUAUCAUUGCAAAUUAUAAACAUGAUUUCAAUAGACCAAGCAGUAAUUUAACACGUUAUGUAUCAUUUUUAACUGAUACAACAAGUAUGGGCAUUCGUCUAGCUGGUGGAGAUAAAUAUGGAAUAUUUAUUUGUGAAGUUCAAGCUGACAGUGUUGCUCAUAAAGCUGGUUUACUCGUUGCAGAUAAAAUUUUUAGUGUGAAUAAUGUCGAUUUUACUGGUUUAACACGUGAAGAAGCUGUUCUCUGUUUAAUGAAUAUGAAAAUCGUUCAAGUUAAUAUGAUUGUUUCAAACUUGAGACAUGAAUAUGAACAACUUCUAGCCGAUGUUGGAGGUGAUUCAUUUUAUGUUAGAGCUCAUUUUAGUUAUAAUUCUCCAGGUGACGAAGAUUUACCGAUACGUGUAAACGAUAUAUUUCACAUAACUGAUACACUGUACAAUGGUCAAGUGGGCUCAUGGGUGGCCACAAAAGUGAAUGCAUCAUCGGGAAAAACAACAGGUGCCAUACCAAAUAAAGCAAAAGCUGAACAAUUAGCUGCUUUAGCGCCCAGUUUGGAUUUACUAAUUAAAUCGAAACCAUCGUUAAAACGAAAAUUAAGAUCAAGAUUUAGUGAUAAACGUUCUCGUUCAGUAUCCUCACUACAAUUAAAAGAAGAUGCAUUAUUUGCUUCAUCAACAUCGAAGUUUCCUGCCUACGAAAGAGUACUACUCAAAGCAGUAACAAUUAUUCGUCCUGUGGUGUUAUUUGGUGCUUUGGCCGAUAUUGCACGAGAUCGUCUAUUAAAAGAUUGGCCAGAAAGAUUUGAGCUACCUCGAGUUGAUAUUAGUUCACCAACAAAAGCACGAGCGAAUGUUAUUAAACUUCAAACAAUAAAAAAUGUUAUACAAAGAAAUCGUCAUUGUUUACUUGAUAUCACACCAGCAGCUGUUGAACAAUUAAAUUAUGCUCAAUGUUAUCCGAUUGUUUUAUAUUUAAAAGCGAACGAUCGUCGACAAAUAAAAGAUAUUCGAGCAAAAUAUGGAAAAUUAUAUCAGAAAUCAACGAGACGUUUAUAUGAAUCAAGUGAACGUUUAGAAUUAUUAUAUUCUUAUUUAUUUACAGCUGAAAUAAAGUUAGAUACUAACAAUUGGUAUAAGCAAGUGAAAGCGACUAUUGAAACUCAACAAGAACAACCAGUUUGGAUGUGUGAUGAUCGACCGGCUGAUAAAAAUUUAAAUUCUGAUGAAUAUUUUAUAUCUACUCGUCAUAGUUACACGGGCAAUUCAAGUCCCGAAUCCGAUAUUGUUGAUUCAUUUAAAAAUAUCACAUGUUUUGAUGAUUAUAAUAAUCAAAAUAACAAUAAUAGUAAUAGAAAUAAUUUACAACGUGUUGCCUCAGAUCCGGUCAUGUUUCCGCGAACAAAUGGAGAGAUGUAUCAAGAUAAUUCGACAAAUCGGUACAAGAUGCAUGGCUACUCGCCUUAUUUAUCGAAUAAUCAUGACGAAAACGAGGACGAUGAUGAUUGUAACGAAGAUGAUAAUAGUGGUUUUAUGCAACAUUCAACAAUGUCCUUGCCAAAUCGUAGUCAUUCAGUAUUAGACGUUCAAAUGCUUAAUUCUAAAAUUGCUAAAAGUCCAAUAAAUUCAUUGAAUAUGUCAAGUAAUUCAUCAACAGAAUACCCACAUAGUCGUCUAAAAACAAUUCACGAUAUUGAAGAAUCGACUAAUACCAGUGACGUUAACUCAUUUACAAAUAAAUAUUUUACGGAUCGUAAUCAAUUAAUUAAUAAUAUUCGUUCAACAUCUAUUCAAACUGACUCAAAUAUUUUUCGUUCGGAUUCAAUGCCUCAUGUUGACGAAAAUUUCCUUCAACGUUUAUAUCAAAGAUCAGGCAACCAACAACAACAACAACACCAAGAUCAAUUACAAAAUUUGAAAAACACGCGUCGUCCACUGCUUGCACCGAAACUACGCAAUGGAACCACUGUAGGAGGCGGCAGCGAUAGUGGUACUCGACUGAGUCUAAGUGAUAGCGGUGGUUCUUUAUCUCGACGUCCGCAAUCUGAAUUUAAUUUAAACAUCAAUAGUAAUCAACAACCACAAGCAAAUGGAUAUCAUAAUGAUUCUUAUCCUGUUAUGGUUAAGUCUCGUCAAUAUCCACCAUCAUCAUCAUCAUCAUCAUCAUUAUUGUUGAAUCAAAAGCAUGAUCUUAUCGAUAAAUCAACAAUGACUAAUGCAGAUAAAAAUUCAAUCAAUAUUUAUGCAACGUGGAACAGGCCAAAUAGAAGUGUUCAUCAAACAGCCAAUGCUACUUCGUUAUUUAAUAACGGCACGAAUGGUCACUCGUCCAAACCCCGUAAUCAAACUGGUCCAUUUAGCACUGAUUCCCAAAUGCAUCAGAACGGUGGUGGAAGUUCGUCUGAAUUACCUAGUAGUGCUACAAGUAGUCUGAUGUCUGAUCAUUAUCAUCCAAACGAAAACAAUAAUAAUUCUAAGAAUGAUGCUAAUAAUAAUCAUCACAAUUUGUCUUUAAUGACUUCAAAUGAUCCGUCUUAUCGAAUUAUACGUUGUACGUCACUUAAUACAGUUGGUAAUGGUGGUAAUAGUCAUCAAGAUGAUGAAAAUCAAGUACGUUUACUACUACAGCAAAAAAUGUGUAGUAGUAAAAAACAUAAUCAUAGUAAUUCAAAUAAUUCGUCAGUAUCAAUGGUAAAACAUAAAAUACGUCAACCAAUAAUAAAUUCAAAUGAUGAUCAUAAUGACAAUCAAUUUCGUUCACAUUCUUAUACAGCCGCAACAAAUGCACAACAACGACAUCAUCCUAUACCUGUUUCAUAUCAAGAUCAAAUAGAAGAUUGGAAUCAAAUAUUAAAUCUGAAAAAACCAAGAGUAUAUAAUCAAAAUGAUUAUAUUUCUCAAACAACAGCACCAACACAUCGUCGACAUAUAAAUGGAAUUAAUGGAAAUGAUGUCAAAAAUAAUUCAACAUCAUCGUCCGCAUCACUUCCAGUUAGAAAUUAUACAGAUCAAAAAUGUACUGACCAAAGAAUGUAUGCAACAAAUCAAGAUGAAGAUAAUGUGAUUGGAAGUGCUCGUGGUAUCAUGGAUUAUUAUGGUGGAACAUUAUCGUGUCCUAAAACAGGUGUUUCAAUUAUUGUACCAGAAGGAGCUAUUCCUCACAAUAUCAAGCAAGAAAUAUAUUUUAAAGUUUGUCAAGACGGUGCUAAUAUUCCAACAUUUAAUCAAAAACACGGAGAACGUUUAUUAUCUCCAAUUGUGAUGUGUGGUCCACAUGGUAUUAAAUUUUUGAAACCAGUAGAACUUUUACUUCCUCAUUGUGCUGGAAAUGAUGCACAAGAAUUAGCUUUAAUGUUACAUGGAACAAAUAAUGUGAUACCUACCGAUAAUAGACUAACUGUUAGCGAUACAAAUAGUAUUGGUGGCAAAUUAACGGGCAUUAAUCAUGUUACGAGUUCAAAUGUUUCUAUUUUAGUUGAUCAUUUCUAA